CUCCAUUUUUUAUUAAAUGAUAUGCUUGCAGGUAAUGGUGAUGAGGUUAUUGCAUUGUUAUACUGGGGAGAUGAGAUUGUGAAGACCGGAUGCCAAGGUUCCGUUGACUAUUCAUUGCCCCCCAAAACCACCUGUUUCCUCCAGCAAGUCAGCUCUUACGAGGAGCUGGUGGCGAAAGUGCAGGCUGCAAUGGAUCCUGAUAAUAAGAAGAAGAAAGAUGACAGUACGAGUCUGGGUCUGUUUGGAAGGUACCCGACAACCUUUGCCGGAGACAAAGGCGGGUCUGUCUCUAUCCCACUCACCGACAACCGGUCGUGGCGGUGGUUCUUGCGUGAGAUGCUGGGUUCGCAGCCUCUUCAUGUGUAUGUGGUUGCUGCUGCGAAGGGAAAGGGCAAGUGGGCGCUGCAGAGCAAAUUGACAGGCGCAGCGAAGACGGCGAUGAAGAUCUUCCUUGUUUUUUUCUUGAUAGUCUGUGUUUUCGGAUGCAUCCCUGACAUGCCCAAACACAACUCCCGUGUUUAAUUUCAAUUCACUAGAAAAGCAAGUGUUUGCAGUUUGAAACAAUUAAUGGCUGUUUUGAUCGGUUGGACUUUUUUGCAUGUGUUGAUUGAAUCAUUACGUUUGCCGGUGCUUUGGUAGUAUUUCAAGCUUCUUUGAU